AGGGUUUAGAACUUAGGCUAAAAUCUUUUUAUAGUUCUCUGUCUUGAAUUUCUCACUCCAGUGGAAUUUCUGAGUACAGUUAGUGUUGUUCUGUAGUAACUUUCUCACUUCCAUGUAAUGAUAUUCUGGUGUCAGAGCAGAAUCUUAGCUUUGUGUCUCCGUAUCCAAAAGUUUCGAGUUUAAUUUCUUCUCAUUUGAGCUUCCGACAGCAAUUGAAGAGCUCCUAGGAUUUGUAGGUGGUUUGAUCCUUAGGUUCUUGUGUUUUAUCAUAAUUUAGGUGUUUAUGGUGUAGGGAGAUAUCGAAUUCUAUAUACAUGAUGUCCGGAUCUGAAGCGGGAAUCAUGUCGGGUAGAGAAUCUUUCGGUGUUGGUCUUCAAAAAAGUCCUGUCCCUUCUCAACCAUCUGGGAUACCCAAUAUGAGAUUAGCGUUUAGUUCCGAUGGUACAGCAGUUUAUAAACCUGUCACUACAAGCUCUCCAACAACGUUUCAACCCAGCAGUGUAGCUUCUGCCACUGGUAAUAGUGGUGGUGGUGGUGGUGGCGGUGAUGUUUCCGCUGGCGCAAUUGUUCCGCACGGCCUUAACAUGAACAUGGGCGAGCCAAUCAAACGAAAGCGAGGAAGGCCGCGGAAAUAUGGUCCUGAUGGUACCAUGGCACUUGCAUUAACGCCCGCUUCCCCUGCUGUCCCCUCUGGGGGGUUUUCUUCACCUUCGACGGCCGGCACCACACCUGUCGCUGCCCCAUCUCCGUCGUCAAUGAAGAAAGCAAGGGGCCGUCCACCGGGCUCUGGCAAGAAGCAGCAAAUGGCUGCACUUGGAUCGUCUGGGAUUGGAUUUAUGCCGCAUGUUAUCACAGUUAAGGCUGGAGAGGAUGUAUCUUCAAAAAUAAUGUCAUUUUCCCACCAUGGUCCACGGGCUGUUUGCAUUCUUUCAGCAAAUGGUGCUAUAUCGAAUGUAACGCUUCGCCAAGCAGCAACAUCUGGUGGAACUGUGACUUAUGAGGGACGAUUUGAAAUCCUAUCCCUUUCAGGUUCCUUCCUGCUCUCAGAGAGUGGUGGUCAACGCAGUAGAACAGGUGGAUUGAGUGUUUCCCUUGCAGGUCCAGAUGGUCGCGUUUUAGGUGGUGGUGUAGCUGGGCUUCUAACAGCAGCAACUCCUGUUCAGGUAGUGGUUGGUAGUUUUAUCGCAGAUGGCCGUAAAGAGUCGAAACAGACAAAUCAAUCAGAACCUUCUUCUGCACCUUCAAAGCAUGCUCAUGGUGGCGGGGCUGUAGGGACAGGUAGCCCGCAAUCAAGAGGGACCUUGAGUGAAUCCUCAGGUGGUCCUGGAAGCCCUCUCAACCAAAGUACAGGCGCUUGCAAUAACAGUAACCCACAAGGCUUGGCUAACAUGCCGUGGAAAUAGGAAAAGAAUAGAACGUUGGCAGCUAUGGGCUUUUCUCCCAGUGUAAGGAGUAGGCAUGGGCUCUAGUGGUUCUUCUAAUCUAAUCCCUAGUCUAAGAGAGACCCAUUUGUAAUCUAAAUCUCACUUGUUCCCAU